ACCGGCACCGAUGGAAUCUAUUUAUCAAGAGUCGAGCAUUUGACCAACCGAAAUGAAAAUGACUUCUGCUACUACGCUUGAAUUGAAUCAGUAUGGAGGUACGACAGCUUGAGUUCCUACUCAAAGGACCGCUUUAUGAACUGUCACAGGCUGUGCUUUUGCAACCAGCGAAAUGUCCCCGCCCAAGCAGGGCUUCAAAGUUGUUUGCCGGCACCCGGGUACGGACCUGGUUUUCCAAUCCAGCCACCGUUGCAUCCAAACCGCACACUAGCCUCAUGCACGAUUACAUCACUGCGAUGCCCAGCUUCCCAGUCUGCUGCACAACCAGAAACAUGUAUAAACCAAAAAGGUGAUCAGCGAACCCCAUUGAUGAGCUCUCGCAGCCGUCUCAAAACUUCUUGCCGAGCUCCAUCUCAAAACUCCUUCCCACACUCCGAAGGGGGUAGCCCCUGAACCCAUCCAGAUCUUCUCGGAAAACAAAAUCAUGGCGCCCUUCCCACCCCUCAACGACCUGCUCGCCGCGGCCGCAGCAAACCUGCACCCGACCCGAACCCUCCCACACCUCCUCUUCCAACGCCAAACAACCACCACACCAGGCGCGACCGUCACCGUAGUCACGGGCGGCGGUAGCACCACCACCACCACGGGCUCGGACAACACGAGCAACGACCCGGACGACGCCAACGACCUCUCGGGCGGCGCCAUCGCGGGCAUCGUGAUUGGCUCCAUCGCCGGGUUCCUGAUCCUGGUCUGGAUCAUCCGCAGCUGCACCAACCUGGGCGCGCCGCCCAACGACCCGGCCGAGCCGGGCCGCCCGUGGUACGGGAGCGUGCGCGACGAAGGGUACCCGCCGCCACCGCGGCCUCGGGGCAGGAGCAGGCAUUCGCGCCGCGAGAGCUAUCGGUACGGCAGCAGGAGUCACAGUCAUGGUGGUGGGGGUCAUGGGAGCAGGAGUCGGUCGAGGAGGGUCAGUGUCGUCCGGGAGGCGGUGCCGGUGAGGGAGGUUGCGCCUGUUGUGGUUAGGGAUGAUAGGUAUUAUUAUGGUGGAGGGUCGGUGAGGGAGGGGAGGAGUCGUAGUCGGUCGAGGUAUUGAUGGGGGAGGUGGUGAGUGGGUGCGGGGGAGCCUGGUGAUGGUCGUUGGUG